AAAACGACUACAAAUUGAGCCUCCUUUUUUGCUCAAAACUGUAUUUUUGUGCUGUACUUCAUAAAAACCGUCAUUAAAUUUAGUUCAAUGGAUUUCAUUAAUCUUAUUUUUACAAUUUCUUCAAUUUUAAAGAUUAUUUCAUCUUGUUAAAAAAGGACACAGUUGCUAUGGUUACCCGAGAGACGCCGGAACCAGAGCAAAGUCUAGUGGGACACGUAGUUCAGGAAGUAUUCAUUUGUACGACAUUUAGCCAAGAAGGGCGGUGAAAUGACUUCAUUACCCAGAAUCCUACACAACCCAAAUAAACAGCACUUCGGUGAAAAGCGAGAGCACUUUGUAGGGGCUUUCAGCGAGUGAAAUUAAUAAAAAGGAAUAGUUUACUGUAACCGUGGUUUGCAUAUGUGUUCGCAAAGAAAUAGAACAGGAUGGUGUUCGCAAAGAAAUAGAACAGGAUACUAAAAUGAUAUCUGGGGUGACAUCAUAGUAGUAUAUUGUAGUGUAACGAAGGGUAAUGACAUUUCCAGGCCACAAUCCUCACCUGUUUAGGUGGAGAAGGCACGGACCUGCAGACAAGAGUUGUGAGAAGAAUGGCGACAUCGAUCAGUGGAGGAAGCGGGUGGAGAUGGCCUCUGAGUUUGCUGUUUCUGAAGUCUUCUCUCGCAAGAAGCCUCAUUCAGGAAUCAGCAGUCUGGCUGUACCACUGCAAAGCUCGGAACAGUUGCGAGAUCACGAUGAUGCUUACAGCGAAGCUCAGGCUCUUUUGGGUGACUGGUUGAGCAGUAAGUUACGGCUGGAGCUGGAGAUGGAGGACGAGGAUGACCUAAUGUGCUCUGCUGAGAAAACAAACCCUUCUGCAGUGACUAAUGCUCAGCCUCCUGCUCUGAACUACAAUAACUUCGAUGAUUUUUACAACUGCCUGGCUGAGGAGGAAGAACAGUCUGCUGUAAAUAGCUUCCUGCAAGGCCUAAUGGAGCAAGAAGUGUUGGACUCCGAGAUGAUCGAGGAGCUGGCACUGGAUGCUCAGCAAAUGAGGAAGAAAUUGAGAGACCCAGUCAUCACCAUGGAAGCACGACACCAACAGGUGCGAGAGAACAGGGCCCGGCGGGAGGCUGAGAGACUGAGGCAGCAGAGAGAGAGGGAGGCUCAGCGGGGCUCCAGAGAGGAGGCGAAGAGGAGGGAGCGAGACGAGGAGAUGAGGAAGAAGCAGGAGGAACGUAGGCAGGAGGAGAUGCUGCAGCAGGAGAUGGUGAGACUGCGACGUCAGAUGGAGGAGAGGAGAGGCCUGGAACAGCUGGUUCGACAGAGGGAAAGGGAAAAAGCAGAAGUGCAGAGGGCAGCCAGAAGCCUACAAUCAGCCCCAACACUCACAAAACAGCAGCAGAAGGACACUGAGCGACUCUAUGAAGAAAAGAUUCAAGGAAAGGUUAACAUGAGCAAUCUCAAGUGUCUGCAGAGGCAUUUUUCUGGAUGGUAUUCAGUAGUGCUGGACCGAAGGCUACGUAUGGGUAAGGCAUUGGCCCUCUGUGACUGGAAGAGGCAGCUGAAAGCAUGGCGAGUUUGGCGAGCAGUGGUUUGGGCACAACAAAAGCAGCGAGAGGUUGCAAGGACAGAGGAGGCGCUGCGAACUGAAAACAGACAAUGCCAGCUGGCUGUGGAAAGUGACCGGAGGCGGUUGCUACGGCGAUGUCUGAGUGAGUGGCAGGUUUGGUGUCGGAUGGAGAAGGAACAAAAGGAGCUUUUGGCCCAGCAGCAGGAAACCAAACGCAAGAUGGCUGCUUUAAUCAGUGCUGCAUCAACAGGCAAAAUCAAGGCCACAGAAACCCCCAAUUAUCAGCUAAAUAUGGCCCCACCGGAGGCACCCAGCCAACCCGAGACCACAGACAAGGAAGAUCAGCAAAGGUCAGAUACUGAAGCCUCUGCAGUACAUCAGGAUCAGCCUCUUGUGGGUAGCGUGGCUCGGCCUUCUCAGCCCUGGCAGGUCACCCGACGCCAUGCGGCACCCACUUCCACCCAGCUCCGCCAAGCGCAGCAAAGAAGAGAAGACGGCGGCUUCACCUGCUCAAAAAGCUCAGUGUCGCCAGGCAGCAGGUUUGAAAACAGACAUGUGGCCCAGCAGCAGAUCAUCACACAGCAGAGGAAGCUGCUGAAGGUGCAGCAGGAGCAAAUUGUCCGGCUGAAGGAGGAGCAGAACAGGAUGGGCUUGGAGCUGGAAUUGGAGAAAACUGCACAGCUUGCUCAGCUUGCAGUGCGAGGAGGCUCGAGACCAAAGAGCCGUGAUUUUGAGCCCAAGGAGCAGAGGGCACUGAGAGUUACUGGAGAACCUGACGAUCAGCGCGCACCUUCAAGGAAAGCUGUCACAUUGCAGACGUGCCCCCAUCCCAUCAUCACAGCCAUGGAGGCCCGAGCACGUCAGCGCGCAGAGCGAAGGAAGGAAAUCGAGGAACUCAAGAGAAGGAAAGAAGAGGAGAAGCUGGCUGAGAUGAAAGCCGCCGAGGAGCAGAGGCAGAGGGAGGAGGAGGAAGAGAAACGCAAAGAAGCAGAAAAGCGAAAGGAGGAGAAAAGGCUGGAGAAAGAGAGGGAAGAGGAGAAACAGAGGCAGAUGACGAGGCAAAAGGAGCUGCUGAAACUGGCCCGCCAACACUACAACAGGACCCUGUUGCUACGACGAGGCCUGGCGCCGUGGAAACGCCUCAUUCACUUCAGACAAGCCAACAUGGAGCUGGCCGAGAGUCAUCACAAUCUCUUCCUCCUGAGGCGCUGCGUACUAGGCUGGCAGCAAUCAGCAAGAGAGUCCCUGUCUGAGAAAGAAGCUUCUGCUGACCAACUGCACCAGCACUUCUUGCUUCGGAGGAGCUUAAGCUGCUGGAAAAGACUGAAAGACAGGCGGGUAAUUGAGGAAGAGCAAGCCGAGCGUUUCUAUCGCACACGCACUCUGAGGAGGUUCCUGCUCGCACUGCUGGACCAUGUGACCCAGGAGAGGCUGGUGGACUGGGACCGUGAGGAGCUGGCUCAGGAGCACAACAACAGACGGAUGCUGCAGCGAUAUUUCCUGGCCUGGAGGCAGCUUCCGUGUCUGCUACGCAAGGAAAGAGAGAGGGAAGAACGGCGGGAGAAGCUGGGGCGGAAAGUGACUGAGGUUCUGCCUGAUUUCUGCUCCCAUCCACUGUAAAGCCUCAGGGAGAAACUGCCAAUGUAGGCGACAAACCGCAUACCCAUACAGACGACACACUAAUGUCUCUGGAGCAGACACUUGCAAAGAGGAGAUGAAAACACCUGCACAUUUCUCAUGUUCAUUUAAUAAAAACAGAUAAAAUUCAUUUCGUACAAACACACACACAACUGGACCAAUACAAUUGUUAGGAUACAAAAAAGCUUAAACUUACAUUUAAGUGGAAAGCUAAUUUCUCUAGCUGACAUUAUGCAUAUUGAUGCAUUUGCUUUUCUUCAUAUAUCCAGAAUUGCUUUGUUAGUGAGUCAGUUUAAAAGAGCGUAACAGGGUCAAAGUUACUAUGAAUAUAUUCAUAACUAUGCAAUUGAUUGCUGUAGAACUUGAUUUUCUGGCUUAUGCAGAUAUAUGUUUCAUUUAUCCGUAAUAAAUAUCCUUGACACACGUUACAAGGCUGUGUGAGGUGAAUAACAGUCAGUGUUUGUGAAGGAUGAAGGAGGUAUAUGGAGGAAGGAGACCAUCCUUCAACAAGUGUUUCUAUGUAUCCAGAGGUGUCAUUUGUGUGGUUUAUGCUGUGCUCACUGAAAAUGCCUCUACGAGUAUCAGCAGACUGGCAAUGUUGUUGUUUGGAGUUCACUCACGAUGUUUGCAAUCAUCCACCAAGGCACUAGAAUGUAGAGGAGACAAAAGAUCAGGGUUCAAAUCCAAGGAAGACAUCCAGCGUGAAGGACAUAGAGAUGUCUGUUUGGCAGAGUGGCUGAUGAGAAGCAGAAUGAGGCAGCAGCGGUGCGAAUAUGAGUGAGAGCAAACAAAUACAGCUGCAUCGAGGAGAUGCCAGCUGUCAGUCAAAGUAAUGGCAGUAAAUGCAUCGCACUGUGGUUUGUACUCGUUAUUGCUAAGUGUCAAAGUCAGUGGAACUCCACAGCUGCAGCUGCACCUUCAAGCAUCGCUGAGAACAGUCCAGGCAGGUUUAAGUGAAAUCAGGUUUUAAGGAGCCAUGUUGCCAUCCAGUGGACGUGAGCAGAACAGCAGCCAUAAUCCCCACAAACUCAUUUUUAACAGGGCUGUGUCUCUUACACCAAAUCUGCGGGAGAGGGGGGACUCAGUUUGUCUCCCAUGGUCAUGAAUUCGGACCAGUUGCCACGGAAACCUCGAGAGUAGACCCCAGUGUCCACCACGAGUCCCCAGAAGGCACUGCGGGCGGUUUUCUCUCGCAGGGCGAUUCGUGCCUCUCGCUCGGUCACAUUGUAGCUGACAUUGAUGACCUGCAUGACCAGCAGGUGAAGCAGCCCACCAGUCACGAUGCUGCUGUACCACGCACAGGUGAAACACAGUGCAGUGCUACAACACAGGCACAAGGAAAAGAUGACGAAUUUAAAAUGCACAACAUUUUACUUUAGCCACUAAUACUUCAGUGUAAAUAGUAUGGUAAAAAUGCUUUUUUUUUUAACAUGAAGUACUCUGUGUAGGUAGAUUAAAAGAUAAGUGGACACAUCACAGUUAAAAGAACCUUUUUUAACAUAUUUAGGACAUGAUAACCAUUCAUACUAGCUGUUCUAAAGGCCUAUUUAAAGUGUGCAACGCCCACAGCAGUGCCAGCACAGAUCAUUUUAUCUGCUUCACAUCCACUCUCAUUGCUCCGAGCACAAACAGUGAGUCUUUCUCCAACGGCUUGGUAGGAGACGCUCCAAGGCUCUUUUGAAACCGAUUCAAGAGUACAGUGAAAGAAGCCUGAUGUCUAAUAUGCAAGAAACUCUCAAAGACGCCUCGCCUGAUUCUGGGAAAAAUGUCAAAGUGCCCCAUGGUGUCUCAGUUAAGAUAGUUAUUCUGAGCUAUUUCAAGAACACUAUUUUGCUCGUAAUUACUGCUAAAAGGCUAUCUGCCAUUUCCCGUUUCCACGGUUUCAUCUGAACUGUGGACGUUCAUUUUAGGCAUGCAAUUAAGUAUUGAGCUCGUCUCUGUGCAGUUAAGUAGAUGUUGAAGUUUGUGCUGUGUAGCAAGGCUAGGUGCAAAAUUAAAAAGGUUUCUUACUUUAUCCAACUAAUAAUACAUUCUGAAUACAGAUUUUCAUUACAUAUUCAUUUCUUCCUGAAGCACUGUCUAAGCAGAAAAUCACGGUCAUUUAAAUUUGUGACAGUUGUUCUGCAUUCUUAUAAAAAGGAGGGAUGAUUGCUUCUACAGUGUGAUUGAUUUUUGUUGCCAGUAUCAAUAUUAAAGGUCAGUAUCACUAUUAAUGACAGUGAUUCUAACACAGUUUUAGUCAAAUAUCUCCUCAUGGUCUGUUCCGAGUCUAAGCUGAAAAGAUAAGCAUUGUUCAAACACAGGUCUGACUCUGUAAAUGGAAAACAACAUAGGCUGUAAAAAUAAAAGACAGAUGUAGCAAUUGUGACGUCACAGAUUUUAGAAGACAUGAGUUGGCAACUGAGCAUCACCAUCUUGCUCUUUUUGAACCAGAUGACCGAGGAGGGUGGAUCUGACUUAAAGCACAAGGACACUACGUACAGCAAUUCUUUAGUGACCCAUUAAUCACCUCAAGACAGACUCUGCUUUAUUGUCUAUUUUACUCUAAAUGUGACCAUAUUUGCAAAACUAACAUUAUUCUUUAAUGGAAAAGACUUGAAACAAGGCAAUGAGUCCAUAAAUUCUUCAGGAAAAUGUUUGCUGAACUAACAAAAAUGAGUCAACUUUCUCCUAGACCUUUAUACAGUCUGACUUCUUUUUUAACCAAAAGAGUCGCCCCCUGCUGGCUAUUACAA